CUCUUGUACUAUCGAUUAUUGCUAGCCUGUCCAGUCCAGUCAGUAAUAACACCGGGCGGACAAAUGAGUGGCAAAACAGUUGUCCUCGGGCAUGUCACCGCGUUGAAAGUAUUCCACGUCGUUUCGGGUGCGAAACCAGGCGAAAAAUAAAGAAAGCGUUGGGACGCGCGAGGAGUCGCAUGUUUCUCGCGUAUCGUUAAUCGGGUAAGUAAGGGGAACAGGUGUCGAGCGUGGUGAAUUAAACGGCGUCAGCGGCGCUAUGUAUUCUGAAAAUAUCGCGAUUUUUUUUAGAUCUCUCGUGACUCGAUGUACUUUCAUCGAUCCGUGCGACGUUCCGUUCGUUCGUCACUGUUUUUAUGAAAUUGAACGACCUCCGAUAAAUUCGAAAUAUCGAAUAUCGACGAUCGAAAGGAAGAAAUCAUGUUCAACUGACAUGGCUCGCUUUUAUUACGAAUGCAACGCGGAUCUGAGAAACAGCACGGAGGAGAGCGAAACGAUCAAGCCGUACGCGUGCACGCAGGACAAAUAUUGCUUUUACUGCUGUUGCAACUCGCAGUGUUGUCUGCUGAUACAAAGACGGCCUCCACAACACGUUUGGGAAGCCUGGUACUUUUGGCUAGGCGUUGCUUUACUCGCUGUUUUUAUCAUAUCUUCGGUGAGCAGCUACAUAGUCAGUAAUUGCAGACAUAAUAUUCAAGGUGUACCAUUAAGACACAGCGCGCACGGCAAUCAGCGAAACGAUCGCGGCGGCACCCGUCCGGGAAACAACCAGAAUGAAAUAUCGAUAAGCAUAAUCCCAACGUCGGAAUUUUUUCCGUCGCACAGGAAGAUGUUCGUGAUUGCCUCUCAACCAGCCGUAAAUCACCUGAGUAGGAGAUGCGUGUGCACGAGCAAGGCCUGCAAGGAAGCCGGCGUGGACACAUGCAGAACGAAAUUUUACUGUUACACUGAGUUGAUCUUGACUGGGGACCAAGAAUUCCGUGCGAACGCUACGACGAGAGGGUGCACGAAGGGUGCCACGCCAUUGUUGUGCGAGACAAAGUCCUGGGUCACGAGGUCGACCGUGGACCGAUCGUCGGCCGCCUGGAUCCGUAUGCCCUGGCCCAGAUUGAAGUGUUGCGACAGCCACGACUACUGUAAUGCCGAUCGCCAUGCAAACGCGUCCACGUGGAUUGGCGACAACGAGAGGCCCGAUCCUGAGGGACACGUUCUAAACUACACCGGUUCCUUCAAUGGGACGUCGCCGAGCCGAGACACAAUGGGAUCGAUUCAACCGGAUCCAGGUCCGAUUGCCGGAGGUCGAGAAUCGCCGGAUCAAUUCCCCGAGAAUCGUGUGAAGCCGCUGCACGUCGCCGCGCUAAUCCUGGCGAUCGCUGCACUGAUAUCGGUCCUAGCGGCCUGCUACGUUAUUACAAGGUCUGAAAAUUUUUUAUCAUUUCGCUCCUACCGAGAAUCACCCUACGAGACAAAAGACCAUCCUCGUUAG